AAUGAUAGAAACCAGAGCCUCCAGCUCCUCCUCGUCUUCCCCAUCUCUCUCAUCCUCCUCCUCUUUCUCCCUCUAAAAAAAGCUUCUCGUGCUUAUAAAUACGCUCGCCUGUCUCCGGGUGCCAGUUCCUCCGCCCGAUCCCCUUCGCCCCCCCCCCCACCCGACGAUCGCCCUCCGCUCGUCCCACCGCGGUGGGCGAUCGCUCCUCACCUCCGCGCGCGCGAUUCCUGAGGCGAGGCGCCCCACACCAGAUUCCGCCGGCCGGCCCCCCCUCCCCGCUUCGCCGAUCGGAUCGCGUGCUCCACGAGGUAGAGGUGACGAUAAAGCAUAGCUGUUGGCCUAGCUUGCAGUGGUUCUUUCUUGAAGCUAAGGCAAAUAAGAAUUGGCGUUAUGGCAUAUCGAAUGGUAUGCACUCCCCAAGUCAUUGAUCUUGAAUCUGAUCGAGGGCAUCCUCAUGUUCUUUCUGAUAGUUCAAAUCGCAAUGUGAAUGAGUUAUCCGACCAAGGUGGUCAGCAUGCUGUCAGAGUUGUAGGAAAUGCAUGGAAUGUUGGUUCCUCUGAUAUGCGGGGUUACUACAAUAUGAACAUGAAUCAUCCACAUCAGCCUGUUCAUAAUUCUCUGCCAAAUUUAGGUGUUGAUUCAGGUUUUGUCUUUCCAUCAAGUAUGUACAACCCCUGCAUGUCCACAUCUAUGAACAGAUAUGCCUCUCAUCCUCAGAACUUCGGAUUGCCUUUAAAUCAAGUUGGUCCAGGAAGUAUGGAUGAAAGUAGCAGAAAUGAAAAUGUCAUUGAAGCGGCUGGAGGAUUCGUUAAGAGGAAAAAUGUUGCAGUUGCAGGAAGUUGUCAUUUUGUUAAUGGAUUUGGAAGCUCAAGCUCAUCCUCUCAGGCAUCUCAGAAUCCUACACAUAUGCAAUGGGAUCCUUCUUUUGAGUCAAAUGGUUUGCCUAACGUCACAUCAUUCAACCCAUCAGAAUAUCCUAGUCACAGCCCUUGGGCCUCCGUCGAAGGAUCUUCCAUUACUGCAACUAAUGGGUUCAGUUCGGUGUCUGCUCACCCAGAAUCAGCACAGCAUGGUAAUUAUACAUUUCCAUCAAGUCAUGCCAGUCCGUGUUUUCAACCUGCCAGCAAUACAUGGGUGUCCCAAGCUGCAAAUGGCAUUGCCGAAGGAGUACCACAGUGGGCAUACUUCAAUGCAAUGACUAGUGUUCCAGGCAGAUAUGUGCAUUUGGGGCCCACAGAAAUAGCGAAUGGAGGCUUCCAUGAAUAUCAGAACGGCCCUUCAACCAUUUGUCAAGGACCUUUACCAUAUUUUCAUCAGCAUGCUGUGCAUACUAUGCUAGCUCACAAUCCGCUUGACCAUACACGAAUGCAAGUCCCUUACCAACAAUGCCACAAUAAUGGUGUCUUACAUACUGGGGUAAAUCAUCCUGGAAACCGGCUCCACUUGGGUCCAAGAACUCCUGUUCUCAUCUCUAACUCUGAGCGCACUUUUGGGCCUCCACAGCAUCCGUUCUUGGCGAAUCCAGUUAAUCAUAGGAACAUAAGAGUUCUGCCACCUCUGCGUGGUACGAUAAUGGAUUUUUCGAGAUUGUAUGAGGUGUCAAAUGUUGUAGAUGAGCAUAGAGAUAUGCGAUUAGAUAUAGACAGCAUGACAUAUGAGGAGCUUUUAGCAUUAGAGGAGCACAUCGGAGAUGUCAAUACUGGUCUGGCCAAAAGCCACAUCGUAGAUAAAUUGAAUACUAGCUUAUAUGUGGCAGGAACAUCCUGCGUGUCUGAUCAAUCAUCUGAAUCUUCCACGCAGGGUGAUGCUUGCAUAAUAUGCCAGGAGGAGUACCGGUCUGAAGACUGCAUUGGAAUCCUGGAUUGUGGCCACAGAUACCAUGCGGAGUGCAUAAAACAAUGGCUGACGGUAAAGAACCUAUGCCCCAUCUGCAAGACAACAGCUUUGUCUGCCGGUAGAAGAAGUGGAUAACGAACAGGAAUAAUCUUAUCAGUUACUUGCUUCCGACAAACAUUCAGCUCAAUUUUGUACAUAAGAAACGGUAGACCAUUCUGCUACCUGUAUUUGUUCACCUUGUUGUGAUCGGGAGUAACUAAUCUUCCUAAAACUGUACAGCCAUAACAUUGAUCGUUUAUUCAAUGUAGAAUAUUUUAAAUUACUGAGUUCGCAGCAUGUGUAUUAUAUGGCGACCUCAAGAAACUGGCAUUUCUAGAAAAUUAUUGUAUCUAUAUAUUAGUCACUCUAGAAAAAUAUAGAAACAUGUGAUCACCUAGUA